ACCCGGGCGACACAUAUUUGAACAAAAUGGCGUCUUACUGCUUGACUGUCACUAGACUGCGGCUGGCCCUUGGAACUGGGGCAAGACGGUUUCAUGUCUCUACAGCUUUCAGUGCCAAAGCCAAAGUGGCUAUGAGCCGCUUUGAACCCGGCUCCAGCAUUAACUAUGAGAAGAUGCACGAGAACAUCAACAUUGUACGCAGGAGGCUCAACAGACCUCUCACUCUGUCAGAGAAGAUUGUGUAUGGUCACCUGGAUGAUCCAGCAGGGCAGGAGAUUGACCGCGGCCGCACGUACCUGCGCCUGCGUCCAGACCGCGUGGCUAUGCAGGACGCUACAGCUCAGAUGGCGAUGCUUCAGUUUAUCAGCAGUGGUCUGCCCAAGGUGGCCGUUCCCUCCACCAUCCACUGUGAUCACCUGAUUGAGGCUCAGAUCGGAGGAGCUCAGGACCUGCAGAGGGCUAAAGAGGUGAACCAGGAGGUGUACAACUUCCUUGCAACUGCUGCAGCCAAAUAUGGAGUUGGUUUCUGGAAACCAGGCUCAGGGAUCAUCCAUCAGAUCAUCUUGGAGAACUAUGCCUAUCCUGGAGUGAUGCUGAUUGGUACAGACUCCCACACUCCCAAUGGUGGUGGCCUGGGUGCCAUCUGUAUUGGAGUGGGUGGAGCUGAUGCUGUGGAUGUCAUGGCUGGAAUCCCUUGGGAGCUCAAGUGUCCUAAAGUGAUCGGAGUGAGGCUGACAGGCACCCUGUCUGGCUGGACCUCUCCGAAGGAUGUCAUCCUGAAGGUGGCUGGCAUCCUGACUGUGAAGGGCGGCACUGGAGCCAUUGUGGAAUAUCAUGGCCCUGGAGUUGACUCCAUCUCCUGCACUGGAAUGGCCACCAUCUGUAACAUGGGUGCUGAGAUUGGAGCCACUACGUCUGUUUUCCCCUACAACCACCGCAUGAAGACGUAUCUGGAGAAAACUGGCCGUGGAGAGAUUUCCUCUGUGGCUGAUCAGUUUAAAGAUGACUUGGUCCCAGAUGAGGGCUGUGAGUACGACCAAGUCAUUGAGAUUAACCUGAGUGAGUUGAAGCCCCACAUCAACGGACCAUUCACCCCUGACCUGGCCCACCCUGUGUCUGAGAUCGGGGCCAUAGCAAAGAAGAGCGGCUGGCCCCUGGAGGUUAAAGUUGGUCUGAUCGGCAGCUGCACCAACUCCAGCUAUGAGGACAUGGGCAGAGCGGCUUCUCUGGCUAAGCAGGCUCUGGAUAAAGGUCUGAAGUGCAAGGCCCAGUUCACCGUCACUCCUGGCUCUGAACAGAUCCGCGCCACUAUUGAGAGGGAUGGAUAUGCCAAGAUCCUGAGUGAUGUUGGCGGAAUUGUACUCGCCAAUGCCUGUGGACCCUGCAUCGGACAGUGGGACAGGAAGGACGUGAAGAAAGGAGAGAAGAAUACUAUUGUCACGUCCUUCAACAGGAACUUCACUGCCAGGAAUGAUGCUAACCCAGCGACUCACGCUUUUGUCACCUCUCCUGAGAUUGUCACUGCCUUGGCCCUGGCUGGGACCCUCAACUUCAACCCUGAGACUGACUACCUAACUGCUCCUAAUGGAGAAAAGUUCAAGCUAGAACCACCCAGCGGUGAUGAGCUCCCCUCCAGAGACUUCGACCCAGGCCAGGACACCUACCAGCACCCCCCAGCUGAGAGCAGCUCAGUCAAUGUGGAUGUGAACCCCUCCAGCAACCGUCUGCAGCUGCUGGAACCGUUUGACAAAUGGCACGGAAAAGACCUGGAAGACAUGAGGGUCCUCAUCAAGGUGAAGGGAAAGUGCACCACUGACCACAUCAGUGCCGCUGGCCCCUGGCUGAAAUUCCGCGGCCAUCUGGACAACAUCUCCAACAAUCUGCUGAUUGGUGCCGUCAACAUUGAGAAUGAUGCCGUCAACAAGGUCAAGAACCAGCUGACAGGAGAGUACGGAGGUGUGCCCGAUGUGGCCCGCCACUACAAGGCCAACGGAGUGAACUGGGUUGUGGUUGGAGACGAGAACUAUGGAGAAGGGUCCAGCAGAGAGCAUGCCGCCCUGGAGCCACGACACCUGGGAGGACGCGCCAUCAUCGUCAAGAGCUUUGCCAGAAUCCAUGAGACUAACCUGAAGAAGCAGGGCCUGCUGCCUCUGACUUUUGCAGACCCCCAAGACUACGACAAAAUUCGCCCUGAUGACAAGAUCUCAAUCACUGGCCUGAAAUCCUUUGCUCCCGGCAAGACCCUGACAGCAGUGAUCAAACACAGCGACGGCAGCCAGCAGUCCAUCUCCCUAAACCACACCUUCAAUGACACACAGAUCGAGUGGUUCAAGGCUGGCUCCGCCCUCAACAGGAUGAAGGAGCUCCAGUAGUUGGUGGCAAGGAGGAAGGUGGGGCCUGAAGGGGCCAAUGAGGGGCCUUGGUGUGGGUUAAGAAGGGGAGAAACAUGGGCCUAGAGAGGGGCUUCGCAAAGAGGGAGAGACGAUUUUAACGGUAGAUGGUAACCAGACUUGAUUUAAGGACAGCGGCAGUCAUGCUCAGUUAAAGAAAAGAACACACACACAUGUGCGCGUGCACACACACACACACACACACACACACACACAAGGUCGCUGUACAGAUGAAAAGCGCACACACAUAUACACAUACACACGAGCAUGUUCAUGCACAGACAGGAUUACUGUGAAAGCACUCCCAGGCGACAGGCAGACUAGCAUGAAUGCACUCAAACAAACGCACAUAACCGAAGCUUAGCAGUGUGUGUGUCUGUCUCGUAUACUGUAUCGUUCAUACAAGCAGCACUCCUCAGUUUUAAAUGAGAAUUGUCGAGCUCAUUUGUUCAUUUGGCACUUAGUUGACUGUUUCAUACACAGAUGCUCAUCCUUCUCCAUUGGUACUUUCCUAUUUUUGUGACACAUUGGUAUCACUACUGUAUUUCUCAAAAGAGGAAGUUGUUUGGUUUCACUAAAAGUCGUUUCAAACUCUCCUCUGCAGAAACAGGCUUGUUGGAAGCAGUAACAUCAUCAUCAGCUAUCCUGUGUCUUGUCAUCUUUGGUGGCCGUAUCCAGCAGAAUAUAAUUUAAAGAUUUGAUGAAGGAGUGACUAGUUAAUAGCAUCAUAGUUAAAUAUCUUUAACUGCAAAAUCCACCCAAGACCAGGAUAUUCUUGUCCUUCAUUAUACCUCCUCUGUAAUGUUGUUCCAUCCAAACAGCUCAAUAAGCUGACUGAGUAGUUUAACUCACAUGAAUGUACUUUUCCUUCAUUAUCUCCAGACCUGUCACCUGAAGUCUCUUCUUACACUUCUAAUGAUGAUGUACUUCAGGGUUUUCUGCUUUCUGAUACAAUUAUUGAGUUGAACAAGUUUCUCAGUCAUUGUUGAUUAGAACCACACUGUAAACAAGCUGCCAGACUCACUUAUUUACUGUAAGCAGCAUCAGUGACAUCCCAUCAGCUCCUACACCUGCGGCCCACCCUGCUCUCACUCGGCCGGAGAUCUGGAGUAUUCAGGCUGCUGUUGUUGCACUUUUCAUUUUCAUCAGCCUCCAUGUGAAUCUCUGUCCACUCCCUGCUGCUCUUCUCAUGCUCACUAGCCCGUUCUCCGUCUUAUUGAAUGAUAUAACACCCCACUGUGUGAAAAUGUUUCUGUGUGGUUGUCUCUUUCUGACUGGGACAACAACCAGAACACAUACCACUGUUGUGUUAGCACUAGCUUUGCCAUUUUUUCUUUUCAUCUGUGCUUUGUCCUGUGUGUGUGUGUGUGUGUGUGUGUGUGUGUGUGUGUGUGUUUGUUUCUGUGUAUGAGAUGCAUGAUUGUUUUUAUCAGGUUAACAUUGGUCUGUGUUUGCAUCUGUCUGUCCCUCUCUGCUCCUGCUGCCUCUCUAUUUGUGGUCACCAGGCUGGCUCAUGCAGUCCAAACCAAAACCUGAUGCUUGGUUAAAUAGGCUGUAAUCAGGUUUGUGUUGCUAGACAGUAAAGCUGCACUGGGCAAGAUUUUUAUGUACAUUCUGAUGUAAAGUAUAGACACAAGAAAUCCUCUGUGCCCACAGAGAAAAAGCAGCAGUGUGAUAAACUCUUUCUAGCAGCUGCAAUCAUUCCACGUCCAGAGAAACCUGUACGCUUGGAUAGUCGACCUUCAGUGUUGUCAUCUCAAUGAAAACAGCUGGAGCUUCACAGAUCACUUGGUCAUCCAGCUCAGGCGUUAUGUACACAUUACGUUACGUUGUCAUCAUUUCUCUGUGUUUAAAUCCCAGUUUUUCAGUUCGUCCUCCCCAUCAUCUGGAGCUGCCAGUGUGUGAAAUUGCCUCGUGUAGCUGUAACGGGAGAUGACAGGCUGUGUUUGUCUUUGAACAGAAUGUUUUUUCAGGUUGAGGUUUGGUCCUCCGCAGCAUGGGAAGGCCUGCUGUCUUCUUACACAAACUAACGCACAAUCUAGUGUCCAGAUGCCUGUACACUAGCACUUUGUAGAGUUAGAGAAGUAGUUUUUAGGUGUGCUUUGCUAUAUGUCGUUGUUUUUCUUCUGCAUACAUCUUCCUCUUCUGCGUACAUUUCUGUUGUGUGUGACUCUAUAGGACUGACAUACAACUUUAUAUAUUCAUUACUGAUAAAUGAGUUUUCAGCCAGUAGAACGACCUAGAUUCGAGAUCAUUCUUAUAUAUAAACCAGAGUCUUGCUAUGAUGUAUACCAAGUGUGCACCACUGAAACACUGUGGUCAUAUAUGAGACUUAGGGAUAUUUGAGGUCAUUGCUGCUAUGUUUAAUGUGGCAGUACUGUUAGCCCUCUGUGUUUAGAGAAUCUAAAUCCGUCACUUCUUCAGUCUGCUGUAAUAGAUGUGAAACUGUUUGGAUUAAUACAGUUCCUGGGCUAAAACCCUAUGUACUAAAAAGUCACAAAGUUUGGACCUGCGUGUAAAUGAUGUGAUAUAUAGCUGCACUUUGUAUAGGGAUGUGUACAUAGAUAAUAAAUAAUUAUAUAGAUAUAAAUAUAUAUGAACAGAGAGAGAGAGAGAGAGAGAGAGAGAGAGCAAGUAAGAUGCUGUAUGCUGCCCGUUUAAAUGAGAGCCGUUAACUCAGUUUGUUACCUCUCGUAGCGUAGUGUCAUGAUAUACAGCCGGUCUUUAAAUUAAACUGAAUCUCCAUUAAUCUGAUGGUUUGACAGACCAGUUGACAUGUUGAUUGUGGGUUAAAUGAAAGCACAGAUAUUGGAUUGUAGCUGUCAGUUGCUGCUGGGCUUUGACAGUGAAAAGGGACUUGUUAUUUUUUAGAAAGGUGAAAAAGCAGCAGCCCAACUUUAAGGACUUCUUGGACAUAAAUGAUUCCUUAUAGGGUCAGCUGUUCAUAAACUCAGCUGCUCAACGCAUUGAGAAUCAUCAAAAAAACUGUUUUAUGCCCUCAUUACGAUCACAUUUCUGACGGUUAAACACUCCUCAUCAGUGUAUCAGAUUUACUGCCAAAGAUGCCUAAUGAAAAAUGUGAAGAAAUAACAUUUACCCAGGAGUUUGACAAAUCACCCAUUCAUUUCCAUUUCCACAAUGACUUGAUAUUCUACAGGGUCGUGUUUCCUAAAGAAUCCACCAGGAUCUUCAAAAAUACUGAUUUAUUUGAUUGUCAUUUCCUGUGUCAGCACAUUUAACAGCUGCUUGUGAAACAGUUUGCUUAUACUGUGAUGUAAGAUGCUACUUUGAUGUUCACUGGUUCAGUUUUAACAGCGCUACUGUAAACCAAUAAAUCAAAUGAUGUUGUUCAUGAAGGCAUUGUGUGGUGGCAUGCCCAUUCUGUCAUUUUGUACUCAGGUGCACUCUGUUUGGUCAGGCGUUGUAUGAUUGGUUGGAAAUCAUUUCUUUAACAUGCUACAUUUGAUUGAAGAUGGAAUAUGAAUAGAUGUUAUAUCACGGUGAUGGUCUCCCUCACACUCCUGUUUCAGCAUUAAACUUGAUUUUUGUAAAAGUAGAUGGUUCAGAAUGCCUGCACUUUUGUAGCUUGCGAGAUUUAGAGAAGAUAUCUUGACAUUUACAGUAUAAAUGGUAAAUUAAUAAAGAUGAAAUUCAGAAGUGAA